UGUUGGCGGUAACGUUACAGCAUUUUAACUUUAGAACAAAUAGUACUCGUGUAAACAGGAUUAACCGAGUUGUGUUCGCAGUGGAAACAAAAAAAUCAGGCAGUAUCUAGAAAGAGAAAUAGUUAACAAAACCCUUCGUUAAAACUAGGAAGGAUAAUAAAUGGACUAUUUUUCUUUCCACUGAUGCUGCUUUACUUCCCGAGUCUUUCCAGCAUUUACAGUUCUUUUUAAAUUUAAGAAUUCCAACAUAUACUUUUUUUUUGUUGUAAAUUCAGUAUUCUGAGCAGCCUAUUAGAUGCUUCCUGGCGAGUGAAACAAAAUAGUUGCUGAACCAGUUUUGUUGAAGAAUGUAAUCGCCAAUGCAGUAAGCUCCUAAUAUGACAAUGGCCCAGUCAACAAACUACAAAGAAAACAUGGCUGACAAAAAGUUAAGUGAACAAGAUAAACCUAAGAAAGAACACCACCGUGAUCAUCGACGCCCAAACAAUCAUUCCCAUCCUCGCAAAAAUCACGGGGAUGGCAGCAGAAACAGCGGAGGAAGAGAUCACUCCAGACAACAUAGGGAUCCAGAAAGAGAUGCAAGGAGAGAAUUAUCAGAUGAGAAAAGAUCUCGAAUCAGAGAUGUCCACAAUCGUGGACCUCCCACAAGGGAGGAGCAGCACCAAAUGGAGGAAAGGGAAAAUCAUAAAAGGGAGCAUCGAGACCAUCACAAACAUGAAAUAAAACAUCAUUCACGAACACAUGAAAAUGUUUCACGUAGUAACCAGCUGCCAAAUUAUAAAAAUGAAAAAGAAAUGUAUUCUCCAGAUGAUGGUCCAAUAACCUACAGACAUAAAAGUUAUGCUGAAGAGGUAUCACCUGAAUAUGUAGGAACCGAAGAUAAAAGAUCCGAGAUGCAUUACUUCAAUGACGAUUCAGAAGAAAUUUUAAACUGUUACAGGUUUCGGUACUUCUGCACAAAUCGAGGUCUCUGUCAGUUGGUGGAGGUGUUGCUGAAUCUCUUGAUUCUGGUGUGCGGGGGAAUCUCCUACAGUGGGACCGGUGGCUACACAGAUCUCUCCAGCCUAGGAAGUCUCUACUACUACACAUUUGGAUCAGCUUAUAGUGGAUUUCAAGGAGCAGAAGCUGAAAGAGUAAAGGAAUUAGAUAUUGCGUUCUAUGAUUUAAAGCUGCCUGUAGUCACCGCCACGAUGGCAUACAGUGGGGCCUUGAUGUCUCUGGCAUGCCUUCUGCUGUUAUUAGGCCUCGCUCGGGUACCCUGGAAAUGUCCACUCUUGAUGGUUGGGGAAUGUGCCCUGGAUAUAGCAAUAGCACUUGGCUAUAUACCUGCUGUCUAUUUUUAUUUUCAACACCUGAUUGAGGGCUACAAUUCAGAAGUGUGUAAAGAGAGGGAGAGCAUGUACAAAAGUAAAGGCUACGAGGGGUUUAACUGUAGUCUGCAUGGUGCUGAUAUUGUUGGUGGUCUGUGUGGCUGCCUAGCUGUCAUUGUAUAUUUGCUCAAUGCAGUAGCAGCAAUAUUGGCAUUUAAAAAGGUUAGAAGAUUAAAGAGAUCCAGAGAAGAAGAUUAUGCGAACGGGAUUGAUGUCUAAGGGUUCAAUCCUAACCCUAACCCGAACCCUAACCCGACUGCAUAUAGGUUUUUUCAUAACAAUGAAGGAAAUCACAGAAGCUAAACAGAAGUGAUAAAAUUGGUUACAUUUUGUCUUACGGCGAUAAAUUGUCACAUUUUCCUUCCAAAAGGAAAUUUAAUGUGACUGUCUUCCUUCUUUAUAUCAGGAGAUGGCAUUGGUAGAUAUUAACAUAAAGGGAAUUAGUAAUACCACCAUCAUCUGAACUUUCUACAGCUAUUUGCUCAAUAAUUGAGCAGACUUGUGUUAAAAACUAAUGGUUAAAGACAGAAAUACACAAACCCAACAUCCUUUUAUUUGUUUCCUAAUAAUUGCAGUUAGAUGAUCUAUAGAUAUGUCAUUAUGUUUUUACCACAGAUUAUCUGCACCAUAUAUUUGAUUAGCCAGUGGAAAAGCAAGGUGGAUCUUUUAUUUCUUAAGUAGGGGAGGGUAGAUGGAUGCCUGGAGGGGUUUUGUGCAUUUUCUAUUCAUUGCCAGAGCUUGUGCUUAAAUGUAUUAUUGAACAGUAGGUAAUUGUAAAAUCAAUGGUCAUUUACUUGAUAGGGGACAUAUUACAAGUGCCAGCCUAUAAUUAAUUAUCAUUUAGCAUUAGACCAUUAAAUCAAAACAUAUUUGGUGAGAAAAAUGGAAAUAUUUUCUCACUGGUUCUGAAAUUGAGGAUUGUUUAAAGAUAAAUCAUUUCAUCUCGCAGUGCACAAUGCUAGUCCAACAAAACCGAAAUGUGCAUUCCAUUUGGUCUCUUCACUAAAGAGUUUAAAAUAUCUCAACCACAAGGUAAUUAUACAUUGGUGUUAAUCAUGAAUACAUGAUCACAAAAGAUACAUGAUUAAAGAUUUGUUCGGCUUUAUUCCACAUAAUUUAGUUAUUGAAUUUCUAACUGUGGGUUAAUUACAAUUUAAAUAAAUUUAGCUAAACCCAUAUCCUUUAACCCAUAACCCAUGAUUGCAUUUUACAUUAUAGAUAGCAUUUGGAGUAUUGUGAGCAGUUUUGGGCCCCAUAUCUGAGGAAGGAUGUGCUGGCAUUGAAGAGGGUCCACAGGAGGUUUACAAGAAUGAUCUUUUUUUCACACAGAGUGGUGAAUCUCUGGAACUCUCUGCCACAGAGGGUAGUCGAGGCCAGUUCAUUGGCUACAUUUAAGAGGGAGUUAGAUGUGGCCCUUGUGGCUAAGGGGAUCAGAGGGUAUGGAGAGAAGGCAGGUACGGGAUACUGAGUUGGAUGAUCAGCCAUGAUCAUAUUGAAUGGCGGUGCAGGCUCGAAGGGCCGAAUGGCCUACUCCUGCACCUAAUUUCUAUGUUUCUAUGAUCCCCGGAGUGGUUGGGUUAACAUAUGAUGAGCAUUUGAAGGCACUGGAACUAUACUCGCUGGAGUUUAGAAGGAUGAGGGGGAGCUCAUUGAAACUUAUCAAGCAGUGAAAGGCCUGAAUAGAGUGAAGGUGGAGAGGAUGUUUCCACUAGUGGGAGAGUUUAGGACCAGAGGCCAUACCCUCAGAAUAAAAGGACAUACCUUUAGAAAGAUAAGAAGGAAUUUCUUUAGUCAGAAGGCGGUAAAUCUGUGGAAUUCAUUGCCACAGACGGCGGUGGAGGCCAUGUCAAUGCAUACGUUUAAGGCAGAGAUUUGACAGGUUCUUGAUUAGUGAGGCAGGAGAAUGGGGUUGAGAGGGAAAGAUAGAUCAGCCAUAAUUGAAUGGCAGAGUAGACUCGAUGGGCUGAAUGGCCUUAUUCUGUUCCUAGAGCUUAUGAACAUGAAAAAUAUGAAUUGAUGACAGCAUUCGUUUAUAAAUUAUGCUGUGUAUUUUUGAAAAGCAUAUUUAAUCUGGGUGACAAAAUACAUUAUUUUUAACAUUAUUAAAGAACAUACUAAUGUCCAA